CCCUUUCUGCCUCUCCGUCCACAACCAGAUCCAAUCUCGGAGCCGGUCCACGCAGCUCGGGAGUGGAGCAUCUAGGUGGAGAAACGUGCUGCUGCUACGCCGGUCAGGAGUGGACACUUUUGGAACACUUUUACGCACGCACUUUUACGCACUGGGACUUACUGGAUUUAAUGACAUAGUUCUGGCAUUAUAUGGAAUAAAAGCGACUUCAAUAUGAUACGACAUAUAAAGCAGAUCCUGUGGUUAUAUUGCCUCUGUCAAGCAGCAACUGCAAGCAUUCCCAGCACACUAUCAAUCAUCAAGCCAGUCACUGGUUUCCUCUCUGGGAAGGUGAACCUUCCCUGCUUCUUCUCAACCAUUCCCACCUCUGCGCCAGUCAUCCCUCCAAAUGCCACCAUUCUUUAUUCCAAAGACUAUUUACGCAUCAAAUGGACGAAGAUAGAGGGUGGGGUAGAGUCAACAGUGUUGGUAGCUCAAAACGGGGUCAUCAAGAUUGGCUCCACCUACAGGAACCGUGUAUCCGUGCCCAGUCACCCUGAGGAUGUGGGGGAUGCUUCAUUGACCAUAGUGAAGCUACGUGCUAGUGAUGCAGGCACGUACCGCUGUGAGGUCAUGUACGGAAUUGAAGACACUCACGACACAGUUAACCUCGAUGUGAAUGGUGUCGUCUUUCACUACCGUUCCAAAACCAGCAGGUACACGUUGGACUACCAGGGGGCUGUCGAGGCUUGCCAAAACAAUGGAGCAACCAUCGCCACGUACGACCAGUUGAAAGCAGCGUACGAGGAUGGUUUUGAUCAGUGUGACGCUGGAUGGAUUGCUGACCAGACGGUUAGAUACCCAAUUAGAAACCCCAGGAAGGGCUGCUUUGGCAACCUACUGUCAAAACCUGGGGUGAGGUCAUAUGGAAUCAGGAAACCCACAGAGACCUAUGAUGUAUAUUGUUAUGUGGACAACCUUUACGGCGAGGUGUUCUUCCCUCCUGUAAGCCAUAAAAUGACUUUUGACGAAGCAAAAGAAGAGUGUGAGAAGAGGAACAGCGAGCUGGCAUCUCCCGGCCAGCUUCAUGCCGCGUGGCGACGGGGCCUGGACCGGUGUGACUAUGGCUGGCUUUCAGACGGCAGUGCCCGACAUCCUGUUGCUGUACCCAAAAUUCAGUGCGGUGGAGGCCUGCUGGGGGUCAGGACCAUGUAUCGCUAUAGGAAUCAAAGUGGAUUCCCAGAACCAACGACUAAGCUUGGAGCUUACUGUUUUAAAGGAAAGAAACUGAUGAUCAACCAAACUUCUUUUGUGGAUUUGUCAGUGGCCACUGCCACCAGUGAAAACAUCACCUCCUCCACCACUCCUUUACUAGAGAGUAGUGUGCUUACUGAAACCCAACCGUUAGAAACUGGAUCAGAUGCUCAAGCAGAACCUGCAGUUGCUACGAAUCCUCCAUCUAUGUUUUCUACCAGUAUGGUUCCACCUCGACCCACUCCGGCAGGCAUAGAGGAGGAGUUAUUCACCACCGUGGCACCAACCAUCAUGGAAGAACAUGAAGACAUCGAUGACCUGGCACCAGUGGAUCCAGACUUUGAUGUUGAAGACUUUAUACAUGAAAAUGUAACCUAUGUUGAAUCUGUUCCCCAAAGGGGCGACUCAUUACCUGAACUCCACAUCACAACUGGAAGCACUGACACAACAGAAGCAAUUGAAGAGCCGAACGAUCACUCUGUGAUUGAGAUCAGCACCAUUAAACCUGACAUAAUCCUACCAGAUGCAUCCGUCAGCACAGAGCCCAUGUUUGCUGAGGGGGAAACUGAAGAAACUAUUGUGGAUUCUGAAGCAAAAGAAUCAACUGAUGUGACGACAUCAAUUGAUUCAAUCACCUUUCCGUUCUAUGAUGGUGACACUGAUGAGAUGGAGACAGAUGUUCUAGUAGAAGCACUGUCACCCACACAGCCAACAUCACACGACCCCAUACUCAGCACAGAUGAAACAGACAUCCCUGCCACCACCGCCAUUCCCACCAGCACCACCACUUUCAUGUGUAACACUCAGCCUGGCAGCGAAGUGGACAUCGCCACGACAACCCACAAGCCACUGGAAACAACCACACAGCACACAAAGGACGUCAUGACACCGGAGGAAACCCUAUCUGCAUCCGGGACGGGUGCUCCAAUUCUCAUCGACGUCAGUGUGACAUCACCAGAGGAUGUGUUGCCAAGUGUCUUUGAUCAGUCCACCGCUCAGGUGUUGGAACAAAACAGUGAUGCUCUCACUACAACAGACAUUGAUGCAGAGUUCUUCACAUCCGCUCCAAUGAUUUCAGCUUCAGGCAGUACCAACAGCACCAUCACCCUGGAAAAAAUGGUCACAGAGUCCAUUAAGGACACCACGGUGAUGCAGAACCAGAACACACCAGUUGACCAGGUCCUUCAGUCACAAGACCUUCACUCUCCUGUCCUACCGGUGAUGCCUGAUCUUCCCACUCCAUCCGUGGUAGAUGGUGAGCCCACCCUGCAGAGUGGAGAUCCAGACUUAUCACCUGCCACUGUAACUGUCGCUCCAGUUGUUAGUUUUAUUAAUGGCAAACAUGAGAUCACGCUCAAUCCGCUGGGUCCCGAGGACAGAGAAGCCAAAGGUACCCAUAUUGUGACAAAUGUGACAACUUUCGAAGGAAGUGAAGAAAUAACUACAGUGUUUGAUUAUGGAUGGCCCGACCUAACUUUCAAUGGCGUAACUGAAUCAACAAAUGGGAUCCUCUCAAGCACAGAAACACUGAACCCGGAUGACCCUGACUAUGAUAUUAUUCCAAUAGUUGAAACAAAACCUCCUCAAAUUUUCCCUGAACAUGAAUCUAGAAUGACAACCACAGAGGGGAUGUGGGAUGUGACAACUACUUCUGCUCAAAUGCUUCCGACUGUAUCAACAGCUGAGGCACACAUGACCAAAAGAGCAGAGCGCACCCAAACAAUAAUAACAGACAAAGAAACCUCUUCUGUCAUCACCGCCACUGAAAAAACGGAGGUUGGCAAGUCAGAGGGCACGCCCACAACUAUGGAGAGUGACUCACAAGUGACUCAGACAGAAAAGGCGGAGGAUCGAGCCCCAUCUCCCUCUGCAGCUGAACAUCACACAGACAGAUACUUUGCUGAGACCACAGUGGAGGAAAUAAAAAGCACAUACGCCCCUCGAGCUGCUGAAGACUCCUCUCAAGGUACUCCACAGUCUCUGUACCCAUCCUCGACUAAUGAUGCUGAUGGGAAAACCGCAACAAUAAGCUCCACUCAAGAUAGAGAGAAAAAAAAGGAAGCCCAUACCGCUGAGGAAUAUGCCUCCAGCACAACAGUUCCCACAUCAUUAAGGACUUCAGAGUUCCCUGAAGGAACUACCAAGGCUGAGUUAACACCUGAUGGUGAUGUUGAAUCAUUGAUAUCAACCUCUACCAUAUCUGAGCCUUCAGCGGGUACAGAGACAAGUCAAGUAGGUAAAACAGGUAAUCUGACUGAUGGGCUAUUGAUUGAAGAAGGCUCAGGGGAUCAAACAUUAGAUGGAUUGACAAUCAGACUACCCUCACAUACCUUCCCAGGAGUUGUGACUUCUUCCUCAGGUUUGCACUCUACACAGUCUGAACAGUCUACUCACGAGAGUAAAGUAGAUACAGUCACAAGUGUGCACACUGGGAGUCAUGAAGAUGCGAUUGCAACUCCUCCAUCUCAUGAAUCGAUUACAAUCACCACUUUACCCUUAUACAGUACCACUGAAUUUAACAAAACAACAAUAGCAUCUCUCACUGAAUUUGCCAAUGAGUCCUCCCCACAAAGUGCUUCCCAAACAAUUACACUGCAGAGCCAAAAACUGGACACAAGGAAGGCAACUGCUGUGACAUCAACUUCUCCACUCUCUAGCAACUCGAAGCAUGAUGAAAAUAUUCCAAACGCAGCUGUACGAACCACCAGUGAUGCUAAAGAUCAUAUUCAACCUUCGACAGCAAUCCCAGACACAAAACCAUUCCAUCCGUUUGGGCAAAACCCAGACAAUCAAACAUUUGCUAUGACAUCAAUAGAAAAUGCAGUGACCCCUAAUAUGGGGAAUGUAGUAACAAUGACAGCACAUCAAGAAACAAUCUCUAUCACUGAAAAAGCAGACACAAGCUCUGGACGUUUCAUAGUCACAUCUCCAGUGUCUAACACAGAGGAACAUACAACAUUGUACAAAGGCUCAGAGAAGCCAUCGGAGACAGUUACAACCGCAGACAUGUUUCAAACAGAAGAACCUUCCUUAGAACAUCAUGCUUCCACUGUUCAGACAAUGGAUACAAAUGAUCUUUUCACAUCAUCUGAUGUAGAUGGGUCUGGAGAGGACCUUCUACAAAUGUCCACACAAAUUAUCCCAAGUACAGUUUCUACUUAUAGCACAGAGGCCUCAACAGCAGCCACAGAAAGAGUUGAAAUCUAUGCGACUAAAACGGCCACACGGGAAUUUUCAGUAACUCCUAAAAAAAACGUGAUAAGCACAGUAACACCUCCAAGUAUGGUCAGGAGCAAUUUCUCGACUGUUUCAGAAACAGGGGAUACAGUUACUCCAUCCAUACUUGAACAGGAACUCAUGAAGAGGAUAACGAAUCAGACAGAAGAACCAUCAGUACUGACUCCUGUUUCUGAUUAUGGUGACGAUAUAAGCAAUGAGACGACGAUGGUUGAAUCAGUUCCUUUCCUUAGUGGAUCAACCAUCAAACCUGGUACAGGAUCAUUGGUCACUACCACAAACACAGAAACCUCUGGAGAUAACAUUGAUGUGUCUACCGAAGAGUCAAACAUCAUACCAGUAUUUAGUACAGAGACAUCAGCAGUAACAGCAACACAUCAAGAUGGAACAAAUAACAUUCCAAGAACAUCUGCCUCUUCUACAUCACCCCUAAAUACUGAAAAAACAACUUUGGGAUCUUUGGAAAUACAAGAGACCGGUGAAGUAUCCAUGUUCACAGAGGCAAGCUCUACUUUGCCAACACCAGAUGAAAACAGUUCAGGUGGUCAAACGCAGACAGCUUCUUCUACAUCCUCUUUGUUGUUUAGCAUCAAAACAUCUACAGUGCUGGAUGGUGAAAAAACAGAAAUUUCUGCCACAGAGCCAACUGUUUCAUACAUUGAAGAUGGAGUGAGAAGUGUGAGUACGAUGGUUAAGUCUGUUCCUUCAUUAAGUGGCUCGACGAGCCAACCACAUCUGGUAUCAUUCUUCACUACCACAUUCACAGAGAGUUCCGGAGGCAGAACAAAUGAGUUUACCAAAGAGCCAAAACGCAAAACAACUGUUUCUUCGAUCUUUAGUACAGAAACACCAUCACUAACAACAUCCCACGAAGACAGCACAAAUCUCAUUCCAAAAACAACAGUUACUGCUGCAUCCUCCCUUUACAGCACUGAGAAAACAAAUCCAAUAUCUCCAGAAAUGCAAAGAUUCAGUACAGGUAAGACGGAUGAAGGAGUAUUAACAACCAAGAACCAUAUUCUGAACCCAACUGAUCAAGAUGGUUCAGGAGACAAAAACCAGGAAAUGUUUCUUCAGAUGUCUUCUGUCACUGCUGCUUCGACACUCUACACCACUGAGGCACUAACAGCAGAGACUGUACCAUCUACUGUGUCAGACAUUAAGGUUGAAGAUGCGAGUACGGAAUCCAUUGGAUUUGUCACUGUGUCAAGUAUGACACCUGAAACCAAAUCAUUUUCAAUUAGUAGAAAUGUCACAGAAGGUUCUGGAGACACUGCUGAUAUUAUUGGAGAGUCAUUAAUUUCUACAAUUACCACCACCUCAGUACUACCACUCACUGACGCCGCAGCAAUAACGGCAUCUCAUAAAACACCUUCUGACGACUCAUCAGCACCACCAGAGACAAGAUCGGCUACAGAGACCACAGGUGAACAAAUGACUGAGAUGCCCACAAAAGUCCCUCCAUCCUCAGAGGGUUCCUCAUUUUUUAGUACAGAGAAACCAACAGAGCUGCUGGUCUAUGAUGUGACAAGCACAAUAGAAUUAUCUCCAAGUGUUUCUUCUAUUGUAUCCUCUACAGUUGCAGAUAUUGUGAAUGAAGGUAUGGUCAGUGAAAUUAUGAUGGUUGAAUCUGUUCCCUCAGUCAGUGGACCAGCCAUCCAACCUGAAAUUGCAUCAUUUUUCACCACAAUAGAAACAGAUAGUUCUGGAGACAUAACUGAUGAGUUUACUGAAGAGUCAAAAAUCACAAGGCCUACUGUUUCUUCAGUGUUUAGUACAGAGACACCAGCAGUGACAGGUUCACAUAAAGAUGGAACAAGUAAAACACCAGAAAUGACAGUUACUGCUACGUCAUCCCUGGACAGUACUAAACAAUCAACACCAAUGUCUGCUGAAAUGCAAAUGGCAGUCAAGACUGAUAACAUGACUUUUACUAACAUCUCAAAAAGUCAAGCUGGUUCUGGUCAUCAAACUCCAGACAUAUCUUCUGUGAUCACUAUAUCUACUCUCUACAGCACUGAAGCACCAACAGCAGAAUUUCCAAAUGAAUCAUCUGCAUCUGGCAUUGGCUCAAGCACGACACCUGCAACAGAAUCAUUAUCAGUCAGCACUACUUUCACCGAAGGUUCUGGAGAUGAGCUCACUGGAGAGUCAUUCAUUUCAGCAACAACUUUUUCUUCAGUGUUUAGCACUGAUACCCCAACAAUGACAACGUCACAUGAAAUGCCAACACAGACCCCUGCACACACAAGUCAGACUGACGUGUCAUUAGUAACACCUGGAAAUAGUUCAGCUUUCCCAGACACAGAGGAAGACCGCUCAGGAGAGCAAAUGACUCCUACAGCUUCCUCAAUGUUAAGAACAGUAAAAACAACAGAACUGCCCCUUGAGGAUAAAGAGACUUUGGCCACAGAUUCAUCCUUUUACAACACUGACUCCCCAAAAGAAAUGUUGCAUGAAACAACAGAAAACAAAAUACCAUCAGUUACACAAGAACCUUCAGUUUCCAUGAGCUCUGAUGUGACAACUCCAAUAUCAACAUUUCCAACUGCUUCUUCUAUGGUAUCAUCUACUAUUUCAGAUAUUGAGGAUGAAAUUAUAACCAGUGGUAUGAUGGCUGAGUUCCCGUCUUCCUCCAGGGAACCAACUAUGAAGACUGGAGUACCAUCAUUUUUUACUACCGCAGAUAUAGAAAGUUCUGGAGAUGGCAAUGGUGAAUUUCGUGAAGAGUCAAAAAUCCUAACUCCUUCUGUUUCUUCAUUAUUUAGUACAAAGACUCCAGCACUGACAGCAUCCCGUGAUGAUGUAACAAGAAACCUUUUAAAGACACCUGUUACUACUUUGUCAUCCCUCUACAGUACUGAAUCAACUCAAGUGUCUUCUGAAAUGCAAGCAUCUUUAAUUCCAGCUAAGACUGAGGAAACCUCACUUCUGAUUUCUGUAGAUGAAGGUGGUUCAAGUGAACAGACCCAAGACAAAUUAACUCAGUCAUCUCCCAGUGUUACAUCUACUCUGUACAUCAUUGGAGCACCGACAGCAGAAUCUCGUGUAAGAUUAUCGACUUCUCCAGAGACUAAACUUGGGAACACUGAGUUAAUUCCAUCCCUCACUGGAUCAAGUAUCUCACCUGAAACAGAAUCACUGUCAUUUGUUAGUACCACUUUCUCUGAAGGUUCAGGAGACAUCACUGUUAAUCCAAUGACUGAGAUGCCCAGAAACGUCACUGCAUCUCAAGCAGCUUCCUCCACAAUGCACAUAGGAACAGAUACCUACAACAAGAAGAUACAACCAACAACACAACUGCCUCUUGAGGAAAACAAGACCACAGGUUCAUCUUUAUUAUAUAGAACUGAGUCACCAGAAACAUUGUUGAAAAAGACCACAGAAAGCCUUGAAACAAAAUUCCCAUCUGUUACUGCAGAUCCUGCAGUUUCUCAACACUCAAUAUUUAUAUCUCCAAAUGUUUCUUCUGCAUUGCCAUUUACUAAUUCAGACAUUGAUGAUGGUAUCACAGGCAGUGAAAAUAUGAUGGUAGAGUCAGUUCCUUCUUAUCAUAGAGCAACCUUGAUACCUGGGACGGCAACAUUCUUUACAACCACAGAGACAGAAAGUUCUGGAGGCAUCAUUGACGAUUUUAUUACAGAGUCAAACAUCAGAACAACUGCUGUCUCUUCCAUGUUUAGUGCAGAGAUUUCACCUGUGACUACAUCACAUAAAGAUGUAACAAUUGCUAUUUCAAAACCAUCAGCUACUGCUACUGCCCUGUAUAGUACCAUGGAAAGUUCAGUGUCUUCUGAAAUUCAAACAUCAUUAAGUACAGAUAAGGCUGGGAAAGUGAUGUUGACAACAGGGGCAACCUCUAUUCAGACCCCAGCAGAUCAAGAUGGUUCAGGUGAUCGAACCCCAGACACGUUCAUUCAGACAUCUUCUGUCAUUACUGCUACUCCCUCCUUCACUGAGGCGCAAACAUCAGGACUUCCUAAUGCAUCAUCAACUGUCACAACAACUGAGAUUAAUAAUGUGAGCACUGAGUCCAUUCCAUCUUUCAUUGGAUCAAGUAUAACACCUGAAAAAGAAUCAUUUGCCAGUGCCACUUUUACAGAAAGUUCUGGAGACACAGUUGAUCUCACUGGAGAGUCGUUCAUUUUAGCCACUGCUUCCUCUUCAUUGUAUAUAACUGACAUCCCAGCAGUGACAACAUAUAAGGAAAUACCUUCUAAGCAAACGAGUGACUGGUCAGUCACACCAGGAACCGGUUCAGUUGCAAAGACCACAGGUGAACAACUCACAAAUAUGCAGAGCAAAGUCACUGCAUCUCCAGCAGCUUCCUCCUUGUUUAGCACAGAGAAAAAAACAGAACUGCCAUUUGAUGAAAAGGACACUGUUGCCUCAGGUUAUUCCCUAUACAACACUGACUCAAUGCCACAUGAAACAACAAGCAAUGAAACAAAAAAGGCAUCAGUUACAGAAGAACAUUCAGUUUCUGUGGCCUCUGUCCCAAUGAGCACUACAAUGUUCCCAACUGAUUCAUCUAUUAUAUACUCCGCUGUUUCAGACAUAGAUGAUGGAAUUCUGAGCAGUGAGACUAUGAUGGUUGAGUCUGUUCCUUCCAUCAAUUUCUCAACCAUCCAACCUGGAAUGUUAUCAGUUUCCAGUAGCACAGACACAGAUGGUUCUGGAGACAGUACUGGCUUCAGUGGAGAGCCAACAACUACUGUUUCUUCAAUGUUUCAUACAAAGACACCAGAAAUGACAGCAUCAUAUAAAGAUGAAACAAGCACAUUCUCAAAAACUUCAGCUGCUGAAGUUUCAUCUCUCGAAAGUACUGAGGCAUUAACAAAAGAACCUGCUGUAUUUUCUACUAUACCGGUAAUUCAGGUUAGCACAGAGUCAAUUUUAUCUUUCACUGGAUCAAGUAUGAUACCAGACACAGAAUCAUUAUUAGUCAGGACGAAUGAAGGUUCUGGAGCACUCUUUGGUCUUACUGGAGAGUCACCCAUUUCGACCACAACUUCCUCUUCAAUCUUUAUCACUGACAUCCCGGAAGUGACAGCAGCACCAUCAUCACCACAGGAGACAAUUCAAACAUUCCCAGAAAUGGAAGAAGAGAACUCGGGUGAAGAAAUAACACUGUCUGCAUAUCCUACUGCAUCCUCAUUGUUUAGCACAGAAAAGCCAACAGAACGACCACUUGAGGAAAAAAAAAAUGUCCCCAAAGGCUCAUCCUUGUACAGCACUGACUCCCCAGAUGCAAUGUCACAUCAAACAACAGAAAGCCUUCAAACAAAGUUUUCAUCAGUCACUCCUAUCACUACAACAGACACACAGACUUCAGGAGAUAUUAGUGAUGAGUUUACUGCGGAGCCAAAUAUCGUCAAACCUACUGUUUCUUCAAAGUUUAGUACACCAGCAGUGACAGCAGGAUAUGGUGGUGGAACUAGUGACUUUUCAAAGACAUCUGUUACUUCUGCAUCAUCUUUAUAUAGUACAAAGAAACCAACUACAGUUUCACCUACUCUUUCAGUCUAUGAGGGCAUUGAUGAAAACAGUAGUGACACCAUAAUGGUUGAGUCCCACAGUGGAUCAACUAUUAAAACUGGAAUGGUGCCGUACUUCACUACUCCAGACACUGAGAGUUCUGGAGACAGUACAGAGGAAUUCUUGAAAAAGUCAACAAUCACCACUGUUUCAUCAAUGUUCAGUACUGAGACACCAGCAGUGACAACAUCACAUGAUGAUCAAACAAGCGCCGUUUCCAAAACAUCAACACGUGUGUCAUCCAUCCACAUUACUGAUAAACCUUAUUCAUUCUCUCCUGAAAUACCAAAGUCUGUGACUUCAGCACAGAUAGAUGGACUAUUGUACACAAGUGGGACAAGGCUUUUCCCAACCUCAGGUGAUCAUGAAGGGUCAGGUGAUGAAACCCCAGAUCCUUUUGCACAAACAUCUUCCCCAUCAACAUCUUUGGUCUCCAUCACAGAGACAGCUGAAGGAGUAGAAAAUGACCAAGCAACCAAACCCAUGAUGUCUUCAUACUCAAAUGAACCACCUGCCACUCCCAUUUCUAUUGUAAAAAGUUCUACUACAGAAUCUUUACUUAUAACGCCUGUUUUGUCAUUCACUCUUCCAGACAUUGAGAGUGACAUUAGUAGCCAGACCCACAUUGUGGAAUCCAUUCCUUCUCACAGUGGAACAACCAUUAAAUCUGAAAUCAUUCAAGAUAUUGACAGCUCUGGUGACCACACUUUGGACUAUUCUAAACUCCGAUCAAGUGAAACAACCACUGUCUCAUUCAUGCCCAGCACACCUACGCCAGUAACAACAGGAUCAAAUGACUAUGUUGCUGUUACUGUAGUGUCUACGUCACACAGCACAGAAAAAAUAACAUCAAUGUCAACUGAAACACAAGAAACUGUUAAAACAAGUCAUACAGAAAAAACAAUAGCUGCAUUUGGAUCAACAACAGAUGAAAAGAUAAUCUCAGAUGUUUCCAUCGAGGAUAAUGUUAUUAUAAUAAGCCCUGCUGCUUCACUCAGCCCUGAGAAACAAACACCAAAGCCAAGGAUGCACACGUCUGGUUAUGUGGAAGGCUCUACUGAAGCAACUCAUAGGUCUUAUCUAUCCAGCCUGUCUGCAUUGCCAGGAACCACUGCUGUAACACUUCCACAGUCAACAGUCACACAAGCUCAAAAACUACAGAGCACUGAAAAACCUUCAGUUAUUCCAAUCAUAAAUGAAUUUGAUGCAACUUCUGCAGUUAUUCUGACAGAACACAACAGCUCAAAUGGGCAGACAACUGAAAUUUUAACAGAGGAAUCAUCUGGCUUGCCUUUUUUGCCAACUACAGACAGCAUAAUGGAACACAGCAGCCACUCUGCUAUUGUGAUUGGAACCUCACAGGAAACAGCCACUAAAUCUCCAAUGUCCCUUAAGCCUUCCAUUCAAAUAAUUGAUGACACAGAGCGUAUUGAUGAAAACCCAGAUUUGACCAAAGUCACGGGGCAAAAAUCUACAACCAUCUCUUCAAUGUUUAGUACAGCAAAACCAGCACUAUCAACGGCAUUCCAUGCAACAAGUGCAAGUGACAGCUCAGAACUUCUGGUUACUACAGAGUCUUCCCAGGAUAGCACUGAGAACUCAACUGUACCUGCUACAGGUAAAACAGAAAAACCCAUAGUAACUCCUGAAACAUUAUCUAUGUCCCUCUCCACUGCAUUCACUGAAGAACCUCCAUUUCACCCUGCCGCUAACAUUGCAACGACAUCUGUAUACAGCACGAUGGAAGAUGCAGUGACGAUCAUUUUACUUACCAGUACAACAGAUUCCAACACAGAUGUUACCAAUGUCGAAGAGGGCUCUGGAGCGACACACUUUACUUUUGCCAGCACCAAGUUCCCAGCCCUUUCAAAACACAGCAUCAACACUGACAUUAAUUCACUUGAAUCCGUGCCUCCCACAAGAACAACUGUUGACCCUACCAGCACAGCUUCCGUCCUAGACUCACUAUUCACAAAUGAAGAAGGUUCAGGUCAUUUACCUAGUGCUCCAGUUACAACCAUGUUCAGCACAGGGGAACCCAAAUCAACAGUUUCUUCCGCUGAGGUUCAUACUGAAAAGACAGCAAGCCAAGUUCUUACAGAAUAUGUAAUAUUUACAACAAAUAAGCCACCAUCAUCUGAAGCCCAAACAAAUACCGUUGUAAAACCUCAAGUGACCUUAGUGUCUUCUCUGUUCAGUACUGAGAAACCAACAUCAAUGCCCUCAUUUGAAAGUAAAAACACAUCCCCCUUAUCUUCUGCAACAGAACAAAGUCAGAUAUCUGAGAGCCAGAGUGCUGGAAGCUCAGAAGAUGCCAUAUCUGCCGUCACAAUUGAAAUCCCCCAAGAAAAACCAAUGGAAGAAUUAUCUGUAGAGCAAACGACCUUGUCAAGACCCACCUUCAGACCAUCAAUCACAUACGCACAGGUUGAAGAAGAAAGUUCAGGUGAUCCCCAUAUAUUUGAAGGAACUCAUCUCAUGGUAACCCCCAGCUUCACUGUGUUAACUACAAAAGAAACCUCUACUUAUGAUGACAUGGAGUUGUCUGGGCUUUCACCUGAGGAUGACUUAGAGACAAGUUCAGAGGGAUCAGGUGGGGAUAUACCCAUUGAUACAACAGAUGAGACGGAAACUGACAGGAGUACAUCUGAUUCAUCAACACACCCUAGCAAACAGCCCACCAAGGAAUUUGUGUCAUCAACUAAAUCUCCAAGUACAAGUGAUGAGAUUUACUUUACUGAGCAAGGAAGUGGUGUCUUCACUGAUGAUUCCACAAUGGAAGAAGAGAGUUCUGGUACUGACCCUUUUAGCAUGUCAACAUCUCUGCCAAUAGCAACAUCCUCAGUGCUUGACACGACUGUAGCAUCCACAGUUCAAAUCACUCUUUCACCCAGUGCUGUUACUGAGCGCAGUUCAAGUGAGUAUACUGACACUGAACCUGCAAGCAAUGCAGCUUCUUCUUUGUACAACACUGUGAGCGCAACAGCGUUUUCACCUGAGACGCAAACAAGAUCAGAGUAUAAAGAAGAGGAUGGCUCAGGUGAACAUUCCCAAAAUGUGCGCACAGAUGUUUGGACUACCAUGUCCUCAAAGACAGCAUCCCAUGAAAUUACAUCUACUGAAAAUGAAACAACAGUUACAGUACCUUCUGUUCACAUCACAGAGACCCCAUUAACAGCAACAGCUGUGACUGCAGGGUCUUCUCUCUAUAGCACAGUGAAGCCAACGGCAAAUGUGGUGUCUUCUACCCAAUCAGUUGUUACAUCCAAAAUUGAUGAAUCAUCGUUAGAUUUCACAUUGGUAGAAAAGGAGAGUUCUGAUGGCCAAACCACAGAGAAUUUCACUGCCAAUCCGUUUGUGAUGACCAUGACAUUUGGAGAGGCAACGGGUGAAAUCAAAACAGUUUUUUCGGCCACUUCAACCACAGAUGAGAAGAUUUCCUCACGAGAGAUGCGAUUAACUUCCAGCACCCCUGAGAUGACACAUUCUCCCAUUUUUAGCACUGGUUCUGAUGUAAUAACUGUAGCUGAGGGUGCAACACAAUCAGUCUUAACAACUCCCCUCCCCUAUUCCAUUGAUGUUGACAGUGCAAGAGGCCUAACCACAAUCAUCCCUAGCAGUGAACACGAUGAAUUCACAACUGUGCCAACCCCAAUUCCUUCAAUUGUAUAUCACAGCAUUACAGACCAACAGGUUGUUAUCGUUACUCCCAGCAGCCAUGCCAAGACUGACCUAAAAGAACAAACACCUACCAUGGUCCUCCAUGUGUCUAAAUCAUCAACCAGCAAACCAAUUAUCUUUACCGAAGAUGCAAAAGAUGAACACCAACUCUUUGCUUCAGUUACACAGGGUACACAAGAAGGAAGUCCAUCUCCAGAGCUCAUCACCAACACUGAUAUCAUUAUUGAUGCAGAUAACAUUUCCAUUGUCGCCUCUUCGCCAUUUAACCCAACUAUUCAGACAGAGGAUGCCGCUGGUGUCACAGCAAUUGAAAUGACACAACAAUUGCAGGUGACAGAAGAACCAGAGGGAUCAGGAACUGAUGCCAUCAACUUUGUCAAUCCUACACCUGUAACUUUACACGCCUCGACCACCUCUGAAUAUUCCCCAUCCACAUCCGAUAUUACAGUAACAGCCACCAAACACACUGAAACAUCAUUAUCUCAAACCAGCCCAGCUAUGACUGUCUCAAUAAAAUCAAGCAAUGAAGUAUCAUAUAACAACACAACACCACACCCAGAUUCCAAGCAAGUGGAUGAUGAUGACAAAAAAAAAUACUUUCCCACGGCCAUUGCAACCACAAGUUCCGAUGUGAGUGCAUCGUCACAAGUCUCUGGACACCCAGUCACUGUUGUACUACACACAUCAGUGUCUACUGAGCCUGCUUCAGUCAAACCAACCAGUCAAGCAUCUCAUGAAGAGUCAUCAAGUGGCUAUGAAUCAGAUGAAGGUUCUGCAGUGGAAGACCUAAUUAGCACUGAAACCAUAGCAGCAACAGCAUCAACAUCCUCUGGAUGGACCCAGGCAACAUCACCAGCUUCUUCAAUGUUGAGCACAAAUAACCCUGAAGCUAUUGAUGAAACAGCCACAGAUGAAAGUCUACAAAGUCCUUCAUCAUCUCUCGAUAGUACAGGUACAGCCACUGCUGUACAAGAUGUUACUGACAUCUCAGUUAAGGAAAGGCUGACUGUUUCAACUGUGAAGCCUCAAACAAUAUCAUAUGCAGAUUCUUCACCUGAGAUUGGGAGUGGGGAGUUGGAAAUAGUAAAUGCAGCUUCAAGUCUCUACAGCACUGAGAAGCCAUCUGUCACUUCCUUGGCUGAUAUUACUGAAACACAAUCACAUGACCACACCUAUGUUUCAGAGCCUCCUACACAAACAGCGACUGCUCCUUAUAGCACUUACCAGAGUCUCUCCACAACAUUUUUAUAUCCUUUAGAUGUGAAGGGUUUUGCUGAUGAGAACGCAGAUAAAACAACAGCUUCAUUGACCAAAGUGACAUUUGAGAGUGAAACUACUGUAGCAAGUACAGAAUAUACUCGGUCCAGCACGCAUAAUGAUGAAACAACAAAGUUGGAGGAGGUAACGUUGUCAAAAACAGUUUUGCCUUCCUCUGAUGGAAGAGCGUUGUUCCCAUCACAGAAUGACAGCACAGUAGACUAUGUCACUUCCUCAUUUACAGAUGACUCGUUUUCUACAUCAACAGGACCUUCUGUAGAAAGCACAUCAAACCCUGACCCAUUUAUCCAAUUUGUUACCACUUUUGUCCCAUUACUGAAUACUACCCUGUCCGAGAUUUCCUUCCACCCGGCCAGGUCUGAGAUUACAUUCACUCAUCAUCCCAAUGUUGCUGAAACUAGUGUUGUAGCCACAACAAGCCCAAUGUUGCCCGUUGAGGGGUCAAGUCAGUAUUAUGAACCUAGUGGUGUGCCUACACAGGCAUUAGAAGGAUUAGAAGAUAGAAAAGCUGAAGAAUCAAGUUAUGGACCUUCAAUUACUGAUGCUGCAAUUACCUCACCUCAUUCACAUGAAAUGGAGGACAUCGAAGCAUCGAUCCCUCCUGAGGUUGAAUCUAUAACAACGGCUCCAGAAACUGUUCAGACUGCAAAAUCAGAAGAAGAAACUGCUGAGACUGAUUCAUCUAUGAAUGUGCCAUUGAAAUCAUCUCCUGAAAGUCCAAGCAAACAAAGCCUCCAGGAAACAACUGAAUCAUUCUCAGCACAACUUGAUAUUACUCACUCACCAGCAUUAUCAUCACUGCCAAGUACUGCGACUCCAAACGUGGCUUCCAUUUUAAAUGUUACUGAACAGUUUGGCUCUGGGAAGACUGUGGAUCAAACUGGUGAGCCAGAUACAUUUGAUGAAAGUUCAAGCUCUUCAGAAAGUGGAGAGAUGUCUGCAUCAGCAGAGAUAAGUCUUUUCACAUCAACGGAAGAAGAUGGUUCAGGGGUCACAAUAACAAGCGUCUUGGAUGCAGACUUAGCGAGUCCAACUACGUCAUUCGGCACAUCAACUCAGACACAGUCAUCAUAUGAAGACACGUCUGACCAACUGUCAACUGAGACACCCAUGACAAAGACAUUUUCAACACAAUCCCGUGAUGUGACAAGCACUGUUGAGGCGCAAAGUUUUAUUGAAUCAGGAUCGAGAGAUGCUGAUAGUGAGGAGACACAAUACAUGGACAUAACAAGCACACAGGACCCUACUGGUCUGACAGUGUCUGGAGAAACUUCUACAGACCCUAAAACAGUAGAAACAACAGCGCCUGUAGAACAUAUCUCAGAUGAAAUCGUCUUUGCUGAAUCUACUGAGACACCCAUAUAUACAUAUAUAUAUACAUAUUCGACACAGUCCCCGGAUGUGACGAGUACUGUUGAGUUACCCAAGACACCAACUUCUAUUGACGCUGGAUUGACAGAUGUUGACAGUGAGGAGACACAAUACAUUGACUUAACAAGCACACAGGACCCCACUGGUUUGACAAGUUCUGGAGAAACAUCUACAGACCAUAAAGCCGUGACCACAAGAAUGCCUGAAGAACAUAUUUCAGAUGACGAUGCCCUUCCCGGAUCAGUGCCAUCACAGGAAAGUAUUUCAGUACAAUUUGUCACAACAUUUUCUCCGCAACAAAACACAACACCCCCCCAGGAAUCAUUAGAGCAAGCACGUUCAGAGGUUUCACUGACCCAUCGCCCUCACACAGAUAUCUCCUCUGUGGAUGUAUCACCAACCAGUUUUGUGUUUACAAGUCAGUUCAGCGAAUCAACGACCAUCCUUGCUGCUUCUAUUUCAGCUGUUGAUCCUGGAUCUGCCUCUGUAGAACAAGCUACAAUUGAACCUACCGAUGAACAAGUUUCAAGUGGUGAAAAGACUGAACCAGAAAUGAUAACACAGUCUCCAGCUGACAACAUUUAUGAAGGUAUCGGUGAGGAGACCCCAGAUUAUGAUGUAACAAAUCCCAACAUAGUGGAGAGCAUUCCACACGACAAUGACAGGACAACAACGACCGAAGUAACAGUGCAUACUACUAGUCAAGCUGCUAAGCCUUUUGACUCAGUCAGCAGCCUGGACGAACGCAUUGGUACAACCAGCACAGAGAGUCUGUCCAGAAAUGUAAUGACCACAACAAAGCCAAAAUCUGAUGAAAUCCAGACGGUCUUCAAGGUAGAUGCUACUACCACAUCUUCAAAGGUGGAGUCUGCUGAAGUUCACCGCACUUCUGUAGAAGAGGAAGUUCCAGAAGCAACAGAAAGACCUUCAAUACCCCCCCAAGACCAUAAAGAAUUCACAGUGACACCAGUUGAACAUCAAAGCCAGAACAUAUUGUCAGUUUCUUCAGUGACACCAACUCAGCCAUCAUUCUCUGGUAAUGAUGACAAACUAGACAGUGACAUAACUACACAGUCAUCUCUUAGCAGAGGAGAAUCACCAAUCAAAGGGGAGGACACAACUUUGCCUCCUGAUACGGAUCUUGAUCAGGGCCACACCAUUUUGGGAGUGGCUGUUGAAAUUCCAGGAAUUAACUCUUGUACUGAAAACAUGUGUCAGAAUGGAGGAUCCUGCUACAUGAGUGGCAGCAUUCCUGCAUGUAGCUGUGCACCUGGUUACAGCGGUGAUCAUUGCGAUACGGAUAUUGAUGAAUGCCAGUCCAGCCCUUGCCGCAAUGGGGGAACAUGCAUUGAUGGAGUGGCUUGCUUCACAUGCGUUUGUUUACCAAGCUACUCUGGACUGUUUUGUGAGGAGGACACAGAGACGUGUGACUAUGGCUGGCACAAGUUUCAUGGCCAGUGCUACAAGUAUUUCCCCAGCAGAAGAAACUGGGACACAGCGGAGCGAGAGUGUCGCAUGCAUGGGGCUCACCUGACCAGCAUCCUCUCCCACGAGGAGCAACAGUUUGUAAACCGUCUUGGACAGGACUACCAGUGGAUUGGCCUGAAUGAUAAGAUGUUUGAUAGUGACUUCCGAUGGACUGAUGGCAGCCCUACGCAUUAUGAAAACUGGAGGCCCCAGCAGCCUGACAGCUUCUUCUCUUCAGGAGAGGACUGUGUAGUAAUGAUCUGGCAUGAGGACGGCCAGUGGAAUGAUGUUCCGUGCAACUACCACCUCACCUUCACUUGCAAGAAGGGCACAGUGGCAUGUAGCCAGCCCCCGAUGGUGGAGAAUGCACGGACCUUUGGUAGACAACGUGAUCGCUACGAGAUCAACUCACUAGUGAGGUACCAGUGCCGGAUAGGCUACAUUCAGAGGCACCUUCCGGUUAUCCGUUGUCGUGGGGACGGACACUGGGAUGCCCCUAAAAUCUCCUGCGUUAACCCAUCCAACUAUCAAAGAAGCUUCUUCAGAAAACAUCAACACAAAAGUCUGUACAGCAUCAACAACUUCAAACAAUGGCCAGGUCAGGCCUUCCGUCUCCACCAUCAGCGCUACAGGGUACAGAGAGAUAAGACUGAACACAAGCGGAAGAGUGUGUGAUUCCAAAUGCACUGUCUGUGGCUCUAGAACAAUUUGUUACUUGUGUGGGGGAAUAAAGGAACAAGCACAAGGGAAUACAAACAAUCCAAGAGGACUUUGCAUUCUGGAUGGACUCUUAUGAAGUGCCUUUUAAAGAAGAUGACUUUUUGCAACCAAGAGACACUGUUUUCUAAUACCAGUGCCUGUGUGGAGAAAUACUUUCAGCUGGCUACUGGAAAUACAAAAAAAGUACAAAUAUAUAUUUUUUAAUACUGCUGGCUGUUACAUAUCACAUUUGUAUUCCAACCGUGCUAUUUAAAAAUCACCGUAAGUGUUCCUUAUUCUUUGGAAAAAAAAAGGUUGUUGUGAAUUUAUAGCGCUUAUGUUAUGUAAAUGAAAUCUUGAUGUUGUCAUGCUGUUUGGUGGACAAGUUUAGCAAAGCUGGAGGCAUCAGAGAUGAUCAUGCAAAAAAAAUGUGUUCAAAUAAAAGGGACAGAUGUAAUUUUGUUAUUUUCUCAUCAUGUAAGUGUCUGUUUUGAUUCAAACCAAGCCGAGGCAGCUUACAAAGGUACCGACCUGAAAUCCAAUUCUCAUGUUUUUAAUGGAAAGAUUUCUAUGGAGAGUUUUUUAAUUAAAUACGGUACAGUGCAUUCCAGACGUCGAUGCUGCUGUCUGGGUUCACAGCACAAUAAAGCCUUUAUCACCUAAUGCACAACUCUUUUUUUUUUUUUGCUAUGACAUGUUUACAAUAACCGUAAUGCUGUUCAUGUUUAUGCACCAAAGAGUCUCGCUCUCAUCUGCUGCUUUUGAGCUAUACUUUGUGACGUCUAUUAUUGAGAGAAUGUAUUUUGUGAAACGCUUCCGAAGACUUGAACGUAACAUCUGUUUAAGCAGAGAUGCAUAUAAUUUAUUUCCCAGAUCAUCUCCUUAAAUGUUUCUAGUCCACUCACAGACUAUUUUAUCAUUUGACCGUUCAAUGCAUUUAAUCUUUUCUGAUGUUCAUGCAUGUCUUCCACAAUAGGACUGACAAUGUCUCAGUGGACCAAAUAAGAUGGAGGGCCUCUUCAGCUGCGACAAUGUUGCGUACCACAGACAUAAUAAUGUACGUGUUGAUGCAGUCUUGUUUAACAGACACAUGUUUGUUUUUGUCUGCCUGUGAAUGUCUCAGCCUUAAUGUGCACAUAUCUUUUUUGUAUUUAUAACAUUAUGUUUCUUGUCACACUGUGAAUGUCUGUUUUUUUUUUUUAAGAGGUCACGCUGUU